AUGAGGACAACCUUUGCUGUAAACGCAGAGACGAAAGGAAAGAACGCCUGGCAUAAGGCUGUGAUCAUCAUCACUGUGCUUGGUAUCACAGCGAUAGUUGCCCUGGUGACAACAGCAGUGUUGCAGAACAAGCCUCUCCUACAGAAGUACAAGUAUGGGAUCGUCCUGGAUGCUGGCUCCUCACAUACAGCAGUGUAUAUCUACGAGUGGCCGGCAGAGAAGGAUAACGACACUGGAAGAGUGCAGCAGACACACGCCUGCAAAGUCGAAGGUGCUGGUAUCUCCAGCUACUCUGUGUUUCCAGGGCAGGCAGGGGCGUCUCUGAAGAGCUGUAUGAAGGAAGCAGAGCGCCUCAUCCCCCUAAGCAGGCACCACGAGACCCCCCUCUACCUGGGGGCCACCGCCGGAAUGAGGCUGCUCAGGAGGAGAGCUGAAACUGACUGGCCAGAACCACUACUACCCAACGGUGUUUAGGAGGAGAGCUGAAACUACUGACUGGCCAGAACCACUACUACCCAACGGUGUUUAGGAGGAGAGCUGAAACUACUGACUGGCCAGAACCACUACUACCCAACGGUGUUUAGGAGGAGAGCUGAAACUGACUGGCCAGAACCACUACUACCCAACGGUGUUUAGGAUGAGAGCUGAAACUACUGACUGGCCAGAACCACUACUACCCAACGGUGUUUAGGAGGAGAGCUGAAACUACUGACUGGCCAGAACCACUACUACCCAACGGUGUUUAGGAGGAGAGCUGAAACUGACUGGCCAGAACCACUACUACCCAACGGUGUUUAGGAGGAGAGCUGAAACUACUGACUGGCCAGAACCACUACUACCCAACGGUGUUUAGGAGGAGAGCUGAAACUACUGACUGACCAGAACCACUACUACCCAACGGUGUUUAGGAGGAGAGCUGAAACUACUGACUGGCCAGAACCACUACUACCCAACGGUGUUUAGGAGGAGAGCUGAAACUACUGACUGGCCAGAACCACUACUACCCAACGGUGUUUAGGAGGAGAGCUGAAACUACUGACUGGCCAGAACCACUACUACCCAACGGUGUUUAGGAGGAGAGCUGAAACUGACUGGCCAGAACCACUACUACCCAACGGUGUUUAAGAGGAGAGCUGAAACUGACUGGCCAGAACCACUACUACCCAACGGUGUUUAGGAGGAGAGCUGAAACUGACUGGCCAGAACCACUACUACCCAACGGUGUUUAGGAGGAGAGCUGAAACUGACUGACCAGAACCACUACUACCCAACGGUGUUUAGGAGGAGAGCUGAAACUGACUGGCCAGAACCACUACUACCCAACGGUGUUUAGGAGGAGAGCUGAAACUGACUGGCCAGAACCACUACUACCCAACGGUGUUUAGGAGGAGAGCUGAAACUACUGACUGGCCAGAACCACUACUACCCAACGGUGUUUAGGAGGAGAGCUGAAACUGACUGGCCAGAACCACUACUACCCAACGGUGUUUAGGAGGAGAGCUGAAACUGACUGGCCAGAACCACUGCUACCCAACUAAUGGAUGACCUAAUUUUUUACACAUUUGGAUAAACCUGCUUAUUUCAAGCAAUAGACAGUUUGUGGAAAGGUAAAAAUAACAGACAGUGAAACUACUCUGAACAAUAAUAUUAGUAAAAUGUGUAAAGUGUUGGUCCAAUGUUUCAUGAGCUGAAAUAAAAGAU